AUUCAUUUCAUUCAUUCAUCACAAACAAACAUUUCUUUUCACACACCUCUUCUUUCUCUUUCUCUCUCUCUGCUUCGUUGUUCCAUUCUCUGAAUUAGGGUUUUCAUUCUCCUUUCUCCUCGCUACUGCUGCUGCUCUUGCUUGAUGGAUCAACAUUUUCUCCACUAUGUUUGAAUUGGACAAUCAAUCUUAGAUCAUUUCUGGUAUGAGUUCAUCCAAGAGUGCUAGAUGCUUGAUAUGCGAUGUUAUGUAAUCAUCUACCCUUGAUGGUUUCUUAUGCAUAUUUGAAUUCAGUUCAAUAAUCACACACUCCAUUAUUAUUGAUAUUGGAAAAAAGGCACAAGCCCCAGAGGAUUUCUGGUAUCCAUGCUGUCAGAGAGCAUGCGUGGAAUCUGUAUUUCGGGUAAUGCCCCUGUCCAGAUUUGCUGCCGAAGCAUUCGGUGUGGUGACAGUUUGUCUAGUAGCCAUCUUGAUUCUUCUUGGUUUGAUAUGUAUUGCUUACUCAUUCUACUUCCGCUCUCGAAUCCAUAAUCAAGGUUUUGUUCAACUCAAUUAUUUUAGUGGUCCUUGGAUUAUUAGAAUUGCAUUCAUCUUAUUUGUAAUCUGGUGGGGUCUAGGUGAAAUUAUUAGGUUGACUUUGUUAAGACGUGCCCUUCACUUAAAAUGGAAGGAAACUGUUUGCAAAUGUUAUAUUGUAUCCAACAUGGGAUUUGCAGAACCUUGCCUCUUCCUCACACUUGUGUUUCUCCUCCGUGCACCCUUGCAGAGGUUGGAGACUGGAAUUAUGAGCAGAAAAUGGAAUCUCAGAACAUCUGCACAUAUUAUUCUUUAUUGCCUUCCAAUGUUUCUUCUUCAGCUUUUUGUCAUUUUGGUUGGACCUCAGUUAGACAAGAAUAAGGGUUCUGAGAAGAAGUUGCCGCAUUAUUUUACAAGCACAGCUGGCUCCUCUUCAGUGGCAAGGGGGAAUGAUGAUAUCGCCCUGUGUACUUACCCUUUACUUAGUACUGUUCUUCUUGGCCUUUUUGCCAUUAUCCUGACUUCCUACCUUUUUUGGCUUGGUAGUCGGAUUUUGAAAUUAGUCAUCAACAAAGGUUUACAGAAAAGGGUUUACACAUUGCUAUUCUCUGUUUUGUGUUUCCUUCCAUUAAGGGUUCUUUUUCUUGGUUUAUCUGUUUUAUCUGGACCUGAGCAUUUUAUGUUUGAAGCCUUUGUUUUCUUGGCUUUUCUUGCACUUGUAUGUUGUUCUGGGUUGUGCAUGUGCACACUUGUGUACCGUCCAGUUGCAGAUUGUUUAGCUCUGGGAAAUCUACAAGACUUGGAAGCUAGGACUAGGAGGUUUAAUGAUGAUCAGAACGAUACUGUGUCCCUUAUCACUAGCCAGAGUCAUUUGGAAGAUAAUGUUGAGGAAAAUGCUCGGCUUAGUCCUGGUAGAUAUUCAGAUGAAUCAACAAAGCGUGGGUCAAUUUCUUUUCGGACAAUGGAAAAGGGUGUUGCUUCAACUGGAACAUUUGUAGAGCUAAGCCUUUUCUCUCCCAGCCGUAGUGCAACACCACCCGGAUCACCAUCACUUCCAGGUUGGCCCAUGCAAUCCCCAACCCAAGUUAUUGGGCCAUAGCAGCUAGUAACCAAGUAUGUUGGGUGAAUAUCAAUUUUUGGAUAAGGAAAAAACUGAUUGUAAAGGGUUAAGCUUCAAUAAGGCUUUUUUCUUGUGUUCUGUUUGCUAAUUCUAGGUAUAUAAUGUUUUUGCCCUAGAAUUUAUUGAGUACCUCUUCUUUUUUCUGUGCUAUUGAUAACUUUUUUUUUCUUCUGUUGGGUUGUAUUUUUGUACUUUAAAUGUUAGAACAACUCUUACUUAUGGUUAUAUAUUCUCUGUUGGUAAUUGUUGGUUGGCAAUUAUUGCGCUGAUCAUACUGAACACCAUGAAGCUGCUGGA